CACCCUCAUUGGUUUCACCGCUUCUACUCCUCCAGCCUCUAAUAUAUCACACUCGUUGGCCUGUAAGCUCGCUGCUCUCUAAUCUCCCUCUCACCCUUGUUGGUUUCUCCGCUUCUAAGUCCACACACACGCACCAUCGGUAUAUAAUCUGGUGUUUCAACUUGCAGAGAGUUCGGCAAUGGCGAGUGGCGGUGUUGGCAAGGAAGUACUGAGAAACAAGCAGGUGAUGUUGAGGGACUAUGUCAGUAAUGGUUUUCCCAAGGAGUCGGACAUGUACGUGACCACCAAUACCGUAAAGCUGAAUGUUCCUGAAGGUUCUAAUGGUGUUCUAGUGAAAAACCUCUACUUGUCCUGCGAUCCCUACAUGCGUGGCCGAAUGAAGCCACCCACUCAACCCAGUUACAUGGGCUCCUUCACACCCGGUUCGCCCAUUAGCGGACUUGGAGUGGCUAAAGUUUUGGAUUCUGGGCAUCCAAACUUCAAGAGAGGGGACUUGAUCUGGGGGUUAACCGGAUGGGAAGAAUAUAGUCUCAUCACAGUAACUGAGUCCCUGUUUAAAAUUCACAAUACCAAUGUGCCUCUUUCAUACUAUACUGGAAUUCUCGGAAUGCCUGGUAUGACUGCUUAUGCUGGAUUUUAUGAGGUUUGCUCUCCCAAGAAAGGAGAGUAUGUCUUCAUUUCAGCAGCUUCUGGUGCAGUUGGUCAGCUGGUUGGGCAGUUUGCAAAGCUUUUGGGCUGCUAUGUUGUUGGAAGUGCCGGAAGCAAAGAAAAGGUUGAUUUGCUGAAGAACAAGUUCGGGUUUGAUGAGGCUUUCAACUACAAAGAAGAGCCUGACUUGAGUGCAGCUCUAAAAAGGUAUUUCCCAGAAGGUAUUGAUAUUUAUUUUGAGAAUGUUGGGGGAAAGAUGCUUGAUGCGGUGCUAGUCAACAUGAGGAUCAAUUGCCGCAUUGCUGUGUGUGGGAUGAUCUCACAGUACAGCCUUGAGCAGUCAGAAGGUGUGCACAAUUUAAUGAAUUUGAUUCUGAAACAGGCCAGAAUGGAAGGAUUUAUGGUUCCUAAUUACUAUCAUAAGUAUCCUGAGUUUCUGAACUUGGUGCUGCCUUACAUCAAAGAAGCGAAGAUAGUAUACGUGGAAGACAUAGCUGAAGGCCUCGAGAGUGGCCCGGCGGCUCUGGUAGGACUCUUCACUGGCCGGAAUGUUGGAAAACAGGUAGUGGUGGUUGCUCGUGAAUGAAUGACUUGGAGUGCUUCAACUUCUUAUAUAUGAGACCAAUUAUAUUCAUAAAAUGAGUAAAAAUAUUAUUACU